UUGUGUAACACGAGCGUUGGUCCUUCCUGUCCCGGCCUGCGGGGGGAAGUCCUUACAAGAGCAUCAGGUGUGGUCUAGAGCCAGACCUGCAUAGCGGGGACAGAGUCCUCCUGAUCACACACACACACAGAUGGCCCUCAGGAACCGGGCCGUGCUGGUCUCCGUGGAGCACUUUGACCCCGGGGUCGGGCUGGGCCGCAGGCCCGGAGCCAGCAGGGAUGCCAAGACCCUCCACCGGACCCUCAGCCAGCUGGGCUUCAAGGUGGACCUGCACACGGACUACAGCCGGGACCAGAUCUACGAGCUGUUCCUCACAGAGAGCAGCAGGCCCGUGAAGGACUGCUUCCUGGCCAUCUUGUCCUCUCAUGGUCUCCAGGGCUGUGUCUUCGGGGCCGAUGGGGAACCGGUCCACCUGUCGAGGGUCUUCUCGUAUUUUGACAACGAACUCAUGGAGAAGAAGAUCAAAGUGUUCCUGGUACAGGCCUGUAGGGGAUCAGGUCUAGAUGACGGGGUGGAGGUGGACUCUGCUGAGCCCUCAGACUGCAGCUUCUCACAGCACCUCUCAGUUCCUGUGGACACCGUCGUGAUGUACGCAACACCACCAGGCUACGGGGCCUUCAUGCACCCCCUGGGCUCCGUGUUCCUGCAGACCUUCUGCUCCCUCCUGCAGCAGCAGGACUUCCGGCAGCUGGAGCUGAGCCGCCUGCUGACGCGCCUCGCGCACCGGGUGGCCUUCCGCUUCCAGGCCAGCGGCGCCGCGUUCAGGGGCAAGAAGGAGAUGCCGUGCCUCAUGAGCCGCAUGACCAGGGAGGCGUUCCCAUUCGCCGAGCCAGGCUCCUCCCCCCAGGCCCACUGAGCCAUGUGGAACAUGCUCUACAUGUUAUAUGUACAGAACAUGCUCUACAAAUGUACAACAUGCUCUACAUGUGAUGCAUAUAAACUAAUAAAACAUUAUUUAAAUGAU